AUGAGGGGUGACAAACUCAGCUACAUUGUGAGGGGUGACAAACUCAGCUACAUUGUGAGGGGUGACAAACUCAGCUACAUUGUGAGGGGUGACAAACUCAGCUACAUUGUGAGGGGUGACAAACUCAGCUACAUUGUGAGGGGUGACAAACUCAGCUACAUUGUGAGGGGUGACAAACUCAGCUACAUUGUGAGGGGUGACAAACUCAGCUACAUUGUGAGGGGUGACAAACUCAGCUACAUUGUGAGGGGUGACAAACUCAGCUACAUUGUGAGGGGUGACAAACUCAGCUACAUUGUGAGGGGUGACAAACUCAGCUACAUUGUGAGGGGUGACAAACUCAGCUACAUUGUGAGGGGUGACAAACUCAGCUACAUUGUGAGGGGUGACAAACUCAGCUACAUUGUGAGGGGUGACAAACUCAGCUACAUUGUGAGGGGUGACAAACUCAGCUACAUUGUGAGGGGUGACAAACUCAGCUACAUUGUGAGGGGUGACAAACUCAGCUACAUUGUGAGGGGUGACAAACUCAGCUACAUUGUGAGGGGUGACAAACUCAGCUACAUUGUGAGGGGUGACAAACUCAGCUACAUUGUGAGGGGUGACAAACUCAGCUACAUUGUGAGGGGUGACAAACUCAGCUACAUUGUGAGGGGUGACAAACUCAGCUACAUUGUGAGGGGUGACAAACUCAGCUACAUUGUGAGGGGUGACAAACUCAGCUACAUUGUGAGGGGUGACAAACUCAGCUACAUUGUGAUUGACAGGUGGAGGUGA